ACAAAAGAAAAGGAAAGUUUGAAGAGGCUUGAGUUCCAAGUAAAUAAACGUGUGUUAGAGAAACAAAAGCAAAUCUAUCAGAGGAUUUGGUUUACGAUACUCUCUCUCUCUCUCUUUAUAUAUGUAAACACGUGAGAUCACUUUCUAACAAACCAAUCUUUUCUCUCUACAUUCGUUGCUUACAAACCCUAUUUUCUCACUCGCGCUGAGAAAGAGAGAGAGAAGGAUGGAGAAGCAUGAGUUCUUAGAACUGUUUGAAGCUGCGACUAAAGCUGCAAAAUCUGCUUCGAGAGGAGACGCUAAGAACUCUCCUGCGGUCUCUAGGUGCGUCGAAGCCAUAAAGCGUUUGGGAGGAGCUCCGGAGUCGCUUGCUUACGAGAUGGUCAUCGAUCGCAAAUACCCUCAAAUUGGAAAGAGUCACGGCCUUUUCACGGAGCACAGAAACCCUAGAAUCCAGUCCGAGGGAAAGAUUCUUUACUCUCUUUGGCUCAGAUAUCUCUACGCAACGGGGAGGAAACAGGGUUCACGACCUCGUGAUCGGACGGUUGUGAAGAAGGAGAAGAAGCUUGUGGAGGAGGAGAUGAUUUCGAGGACGACGGGGGAUUCUAACCGAGACAAAGUGCGCGAGAUGCUUCACAAGUCCUUGUCUAAAGUGGCUGUUGAGAUGAAGGAAGGAGUGGUUUCUUGCGAUUAUUGGAGUGUGGCUGCGUCGGUUGAAUCUGCUAUGUUUGAGAGACUAGGUUCUUUCGGAGGGACUCAAAAAGCAAAGUACAGAUCCAUUCUUUUCAACAUGGGAGACAGCAGCAAUCCAGACCUGAGAAGGAAAGUUAUAUUCGGUGAGAUCAGUGGAGAGAGGCUGGUGACGAUGGAGAAAGAAGAGAUGGCUAGCCACAAGAUUCAGUUGCAAGUUCAAAACAUCAAAGAGAAAGCCAGAGUUAGGGAAGAGAAUCGAGUAAAGAGUAUGACGAUUUUUCAGUCAGACAGUAUGAUCAUGACUUGAGCACAAAAUAUAGAUUCUCAGUUUAUUAAAUUGUAUAUUAAUUAGUCUCUUGUCUUAGUGUUGUCUCACUGUAAAAACACUUUAAAAGUUCUGCGUUGCCAAGUUUAAUUUGCAACUCUUGUCUUGUUUCAUUUGUU